CAAACAGUAAGCAAUCUAUUUUCUUGAUACAGUCACACCUCCGCAUUCUUCGUUCCUCUACAACCACUUUUCGAUCAAUUGAGCUGAACGGACACCAGCAGCCAUGACCGAACCAGAACCGUCGUCCGUCGCCGCCCUCAGCCUCGCCGAAACCGCAACGCAUCCUACAAGUAAAGCACACGAGCAAGAGAUCAACCCAUGGGACGUCCAAGCCGCCACCGACGAGCAAGGCAACAUCCUCGAAUUCGACUAUGAAGCCAUCUCCAAGAAUUGGGAUACCAAACUCAUCGACGCCGCGCUGCUAGAACGCUUCGAGCGCGUCACAGGACACAAACCGCACCGCUGGUUGCGACGGGGCCUCUUCUUCUCCCACCGCGAUCUCCACCUGAUACUGGACACGUAUGAGCGCGGAGAAGGCUUCUUGCUGUAUACGGGGCGCGGACCAAGCAGCGAUAGCAUGCACAUCGGACACACGAUACCGUUCGAGUUCACAAAAUGGUUACAGGAUGUAUUCGACGUCCCGCUCGUGAUUAUGAUGACAGACGACGAGAAGUUCCUCUUCAAGGAGAAACUGAAACAGCCCGAGGUGUACCAUUACGCGCGCGAUAACGCAAAGGACAUCAUAAGCAUGGGAUUCGACGUCAAGAAAACAUUCGUCUACAUCGACUCCGAGUUCUUUACCUCCGGCUUCAACAGGCACUUUUCGCUCAACACGACCGAGUUCGAGAAGCUCGUUACGAACAACCAAGUACGCGGCGCGUUCGGCUUCCACGGCUCUACAAACAUCGGCAGCAACGCCUUUGCCGCGAAGCAAUGCGUCGCCGCCUUCGCCUCCUCCUACCCCUUCAUCUUCGGCAUCGACUGCAAGACGUACCACCGCGAUGCGAAAUUAGCCGCCAUGCCCUGCCUCAUCCCCUGCGCCAUCGACCAAGACCCCUACUUCCGCCUCGUCCGCGAAAACUGCUCACGCAUGGACCAGCCCUCGCCCAAACCCGCCCUCAUCCACUCCAAGUUCCUCACCGCCCUCCAAGGCGCCGGCGGCAAAAUGAGCGCGUCAAACCCCAACUCCGCAAUCUUCAUGUCCGACACCGAGAAGCAGAUCAAGAACAAAAUCAACAAGCAUGCUUUCAGUGGCGGUCAGGAAACAUUGGAGCUGCAUAGAGAGAAGGGAGGCAAUCCGGAUAUCGAUGUCGCAUACCAGUACCUCACGUACUUCGAAGACGACGACGACAAGCUCGUCCAGUUCGCGGAUGCGUACCGCAAGGGCGAAAUGUUGACGGGCGACAUGAAGAAGGAGUGCAUAACCAUGAUGAUGGCGUACGUCAAGCAGUUUCAGGAGGCGCGAGAGAAGGUCACGGACGAGGUGCUGGAGGAGUUCAUGAGGCCGCGGAAACUGGAGUGGAAGGGCAACCAGAAUCCGACGAUGAGGCUGAAUAAUGUGGAGAAGGGGUUGGGCGUGGCUGAGAUUGGACUGGGCAAGAAAGAGGGCGGGGAGAAUAUCGUGCUCGGCCCGGAUGGCAAGCCGAUGACGAAGAACCAGGCGAAAAAGAUGGCGAAGCUUGCGGAGCAGGAGCGGAAGAAGAAAGAGAAGGCGGAGGCGUCGGCUGCUGCUAAGACUUCGUGAGGUUUGCUGGCAUCGGCAGGUG